UGCUUCGACAAGACACCGCCUGCAAAUUCCGGAGAGGGAAAAGAUUUUGUGAUAUGUCCUAAGCAGUAGAAGUGGACUUGUUAUAAUCUCUGCAGAGCCAAAAGAGAAGAGGAAAAAGCAGGGCAAGGGCUGUCAGCCGGGGGACGGGAGAGAGAGAGAUAGAGGGAGAUCGAGAGAAAAUGGUGACGUCAUCGGUGGUGAACACGUACCCGCUGUCUAGUUACACCUUCGGGACAAAGGAGCCGAAGAUGGAGAAAGACACCUCCGUUGCCGAUCGCCUUGCUCGCAUGAAAGUCAAUUAUAUGAAGGAGGGCAUGAGGACUAGCGUAGAAGGAAUUUUACUGGUACAAGAGCACAAUCAUCCACACAUUCUUCUUCUUCAAAUUGGUAAUACUUUCUGCAAACUUCCUGGUGGGCGGCUGAAGCCUGGAGAGAAUGAAAUCGAGGGCUUGAAGCGGAAACUGUCGAGCAAACUUGCUGCUAAUUCAGCAGCUCUUCAGCCAGAUUGGCAGAUUGGUGAAUGUGUGGCCAUAUGGUGGAGACCGAAUUUUGAAACAAUAAUGUAUCCAUACUGCCCUCCCCACAUAACAAAACCUAAGGAAUGUAAAAAGCUUUUCCUUGUUCACCUUUCCGAAAGAGAGUAUUUUGCUGUUCCAAAGAACUUGAAACUUCUUGCAGUUCCAUUGUUCGAACUCUAUGACAAUGUUCAGGUAUAAAAGAGAGAGAGUUAUAUUGUAGUAUGGAAGCCAUUU